CUUGAGCAAUAACAACACAACAAACACACAGCAUCACAUCUCCCUCUCUCUCACGCACACACCUGCACGCGCGCGCGUGCGUGGACACACACAGAGCAUGGGUUCCCUAGACCCAACCACCAUUAGUAGCAUGAGCAGCAUGGCGAAGGCAGCAGCCAGCGUUGGUCCCAAGAACAGCGUGGUUGCCGUCGCCGAUCAGCAGCAAUCCGCAGGCCAGAAGAACUGCGGCAGCUGCGCCUUCCAGAUGCCGCUGCACUACCCGCGGUACAAGAAGGCGGACUACGAGACCAUGCCGGAGUGGCGCGUCGACUGCCUGCUCCGCGAGUACGGCCUCCCCGUCACCGGCGACCUCGACAGCAAGAGAAAGUUCGCCAUGGGACACUUCCUCUGGCCCGACCAGUACUGAAGGAACUCAUCAUGGCCGCGCUGAAUUACCGACCUGAUGAGGUUGACAAGAGACCAAGUAAUUGCAGUCGCUAGAGCUUCGUCAUGUGCAACGCUGCCUCCGGCAACCUGAGUUCUAUCGUCUGUCCUUGCGCGAGUAUAUGGGCGAGAACACUCAUACCAGAUAUACAAUUAGGAGCAAUCUAGUAUAGUUCUUUUUCUACGUACUGGCAGCAAUCUAGCUAGCAUUCCUCUUCUGUUUUGUACAAGCAUCGGCUCAUAGAUGCAUGCUGAUCAUCUAUACCUGCUGUCGCGCUGCAUGAUAUAUGUAUUGCAUCUACCAAUAUACAAAUUAGUAAAUGUACGAACGGUGGCAGUUUCUGUUUUCAGCACUA